CUGCUUUACCAGGCUGCCUUCUGUCUGUCCAGAGGUCCCUGCUUCAGCCGGGCCACCUGUCCUGUCAGGCACAUGUCUGUCCAUGGAUGGCCAUCAUCAUAAAAAUGAGGAAAGCUGGCAUGAUGGGUGCCGGGAAUGCUACUGUCACAAUGGACGGGAAAUGUGUGCUCUGAUCACCUGCCCGGUGCCUGCCUGUGGCAACCCCACCAUUCAUCCGGGACAGUGCUGCCCGUCAUGUUCAGAUGACUUUGUGGUGCAAAAGCCAGAGCUCAGCACCCCCUCCAUUUGCCACGCCCCUGGAGGAGAGUACUUUGUGGAAGGAGAAACGUGGAACAUCGACUCCUGUACGCAGUGCACCUGCCAUAGCGGGCGGGUGCUGUGCGAGACAGAGGUGUGCCCGCCACUGCUCUGCCAGAAUCCCUCGCGCACCCAGGACUCCUGCUGCCCGCAGUGCACAGGUGACCGCGCUGCGCACUGCGCGCCCCGGGCGAGGGAGGCUGCCGCGCAGGCGCUGUGGCCCUACGGGAAACUGUU